AUGACGUUAUAUGAGGUCGUCGAAGGGCAGCAAUACUCUUUUCCCGACGAAGAGCUACGCAUCUUGAAACUAUGGGACGACAUUGAUGCGUUUGGCGAACAGCUACGCCGCACUGAGGGCAAACCCGAGUUUGUCUUCUACGAUGGUCCUCCGUUUGCGACUGGUCUUCCUCACUAUGGCCACCUUUUGGCGGGUACCAUCAAGGAUAUCGUGACCCGAUUUGCAUCUACAACUGGGAAGCACGUCGUGAGACGCUUCGGCUGGGACUGCCACGGCCUACCGGUGGAGCAUGAGAUAGACAAAAAAUUAAAAAUUGGUGGGAGAGAAGACGUUCUUAAAAUGGGUAUCGGAAACUACAACGAAGAGUGUAGAAGUAUUGUCCUUCGGUAUUCUGCAGAGUGGGAGAAAACAGUUAAAAGAAUAGGCCGAUGGAUCGACUUCGAAAAUGAUUACAAAACGAUGGAUCCAAACUUCAUGGAAAGCAUAUGGUGGGUUUUCAAGUCAUUGGACGAUAAAAAACUGAUUUACAAGGGAUUUAAAGUUAUGCCAUAUUCUACUGCCUGUAACACCCCCCUAUCAAACUUUGAGCUUGGUAUUGUGAAAUCAUAUUCUGCGCAGAUUGCGUUUCCAGUCGUUGGCUGUGAACUUGGAGCGUCGCUUGUAGCGUGGACAACAACUCCAUGGACGCUUCCGUCAAACACAGCGCUAUGUGUCAAUCCAGAAUUACAAUACGUUUACCUUAAGGACCCAGAAGGCAAUGUUUAUAUCGUGGCCGAGGCUCGCAUGGAAAGCUUACCUCAUGCAACAAAAAAAAGCAAGGGAAUUACUAAGGUUCUAAACGAUGAGUGGUGCAUUUUAAAAUCAGUCAGUGGUCGUUCACUUUCAGGUUUGAAGUAUAAACCGAUAUUUGACUGGUUUGAGGGUUCUUUGGGACCAAAAGCGUUCACUGUGUGUUGUGAUUCUUAUGUGACAGAUGACUCAGGGACGGGUGUUGUGCAUCAAGCUCCCGCGUAUGGUGAAGAUGAUUAUCGUGUGUGCAUUGAAAAUAAUGUUCUCCAAAAAGAUGACGCGCUUCCUGACCCGGUGGAUGCGAAUGGGUGUUUUAUGGAACCAGCGGCCCAACCGUACAUAGGCAUGUACAUCAAAGAUGCUGAUAAACUACUAAUUCAGCAGGCGAAAGAAUGUGGUCGUCUGAUUGAUAAUGCGAGAAUUGUGCACUCUUACCCUUUCUGCUGGCGUUCAAGAACGCCUCUCAUCUACAGGGCAGUGGCCUCGUUUUUUGUGAAAGUAGAGGAGAUCAAAGAGCGACUUGUCGCAAACAAUUUGCAAACUGAGUGGGUGCCGACAUACGUGAAAGAAAAACGUUUCCACAACUGGCUUGAAAGUGCACAUGAUUGGUCAAUAUCUAGAAAUCGAUAUUGGGGGACACCCAUACCUGUGUGGUCCUCUCCAUCUGGUGAUGAGACUAUUGUGGUGGGUUCAAUUGCAGAGCUUGAGAAACUAACUGGGAAAGUUGUGACCGACUUACAUCGUCAUUUCAUUGACCAUCUUGAAAUACCAUCGAGUCGCGGUCCAGAGUUCCCACCACUUCGUCGCGUCGAAGAUGUUUUUGAUUGUUGGUUCGAAAGUGGAAGUAUGCCAUAUGCCCAACAACACUAUCCGUUUGAGAAUAAAGAAAGGUUUGAAAGCGCUUUUCCAGCAGACUUUGUAGCAGAGGGUCUAGAUCAGACCCGAGGUUGGUUCUAUACUCUGAUGGUGCUUUCAACUGCUUUGUUCGACAAACCUGCGUUUAAAAAUUUGAUUUGCAAUGGUCUGGUACUGGCUUCAGACGGGAAGAAGAUGUCCAAGUCACUGAAGAAUUAUCCUGAUCCGAACACCAUCUUAGACAAGUACGGAGCAGAUGCUCUUCGCUUAUAUCUGAUUGAUAGUCCUGUUGUGCGAGCUGAACCUCUCAGGUUCAAAGAGGAGGGUGUUUUUGGAGUCUUGAAGGAUGUCUUCUUACCUUGGUACAAUGCGUAUCGCUUUCUCGUGCAAAACGUUCGUCUUCUUGAGGAAACCGCAUCGAUCCCUUUUACACCGAGUGAAGGAGAGCCGACGUCAAAAAACGUGCUCGAUAUAUGGAUACUGUCUUCAACCAACUCGCUCGUACAAUUUGUCACCGAAGAGAUGCAUAGCUACAGGUUGUACACCGUUGUGCCAAGGCUGAUUUCUUUUAUAAGUCAGUUGACUAAUGUAUACGUUCGUUACAACCGGGGUAGGUUGAAAGGAAAAGACGGCGGGGACGAGUCAAGAUGUGCCCUGGACGUGUUGUUCAACGUCCUUCUCACUAUAUGCAAGACAAUGGCUCCGUUCACACCUUUCUUUGUGGAAAAUAUGUACCAGAACUUACGCCGUUGUCUGCCAGAAUCAGAGGAAAGUAUUCACCUCUGUGAAUUCCCUCGGUUCAAUCAAAGCUCCUCCCCUCGCAUCGAGAGCUCCGUCUCAAAGAUGCAGGCUGUGAUAGAGACCGUUCGAGCUGUACGCGAACGUACCGGAAAGCCACUGAAAAUGCCUUUAUCAGCAAUAACGAUUGUCGACUCUGACACUGAGUUUCUUGAGGACUCGCAGAACGCACUUCUAUCAUACUUGAGAGAUGAGCUGAAUGUGAGACGUGUGGAGGUGAGCUCCGACCCGGCAAAGUUUGCGACGCUAAAAGCCGAACCUAAUUUUGCCGCGUUGGGUAAACGAGUAGGCAAGUCCAUGAAAGAAAUUUCACAAGAAAUCAAAUCAUGGGAUCCGUUCAAAAUUGCGACUUUUCAGAGUGGCAAGUCAACCGUAAUUGCAGGUCAUGAACUUACUUCUUCGGAUAUCAUCGUUAAGUAUCAUUUCAAUCAUCAAGAGGAUGCUAACGUAGCUUAUGCUACAGUGGACGAUGGAGGUAUGGUCAUACUGGAUCUAAGCGUCGACAGUUCUAUUUUGUUCUCAGCAUCUGCUCGCCUGCUUGUGAACCGUGUCCAAAAGCUACGUAAAAGUGCUGGACUUCGUACAAACGAUCAAGUUCAAGUGCUUUACACUAUUACGGGAGACGGCGACGAAGAAUUCAUCCACCAAAUGCUGGACUCUCAAGGUGACUAUAUUUCUAAGUCUCUAGGUUGCAUACCAACCAUAGAGAAAGAUGACGGACACGUUGUGUUUGGCCGGGACAAUUUUGAGAUAUCAUCGGCACUUUGUAUGAAUAUAAGCGUUGUUCGACCAAAGAUCAAAAUGGAUAGUGUCAGUGUGCAAGGUUCUUCGAAAGUGGACGAGAUCGAGGCUAUUUUAAGUGCACGUGAAUACUGCACUGUCGCUGGCGAAUUAUUUCGCGGUGAAAUGAAAGACAUUUCCCUCAAUGGAGCAACGGUUUGUCUCUCUUGGAGCGAUCGCCAGUGUUAA